AUGGCACGCUGGAUGCACAUGUACCUUAACUUGGGUACGUUACCUCACUUCUCCGAGGUCACCACGAAUCUGAGCAGGCCCGCAGGUGCAGACUUGCGAGUCGUACCUUACCCGACUGCAGUUGGCUGCGAAUGGGAAAGUGCCGUCGGGGCAAACGGGGACCCGACAACAAGCAACCCCGAGCAGGAGCAGCAGAAGUCACUCUGGGAUGUCCCUCCGAAAUCGUCUGAACCGGGCAAGAAGUGUCAAGACAGGGAAGUCUAUUCAGCAGUUCUGCAUAAUUGUGCCUCCUUGUUCUUGUUCUUAUUCUUGUGCAGCCUGACGGGGCAUCUCGCACGCACACUGCAUAACCGACCUUGCACUUGGUCAUUAUGCCUCGCUUUCACUCUGCACCAGAGCAGCUACUCCUCACUCAGACAGACUAUCGCCAUCUUGAGGUAUGCGGAAUACCAAGGUUCCAACCUCAUUUCUUCAAUACCACAAACACCGCUGACUGCCGACCAAGAACCACCGGGAAGUCAACCUGGACUUCCUUUCGCCGUGUCCUGCGGCAUUCAUCCACCUAUCCACCCACACUUUCUCUUCCCUGGGCCCGUCCAAUCCAUCCACCACGACGCGCUGGCGACCUCCACCGACAUCAUCCAAGUGAGGGAUACGACGGGUAUUGGGGCAUCGCCGCUGGGACCUGAACGCUGGAUGCCCACCAAGCUGCAGACUGCAGAAUCCAGACAGCCUCCUGUGACGUCUGACCGGCUCCUUCUGACUCUUUCGAACCUGAACCCCAACCACUGCCUCACCCUGUCCUCACCAUCGAUGGACGCGUACUCACUUCAGCGCUGGCCUCUUGAGACCUUCUUGCAGGCCCUGAUCUACCCCCACAUCUGGGCCACACUUCGCGUCUUUGGCUCUUGCAGCGAUACAUCGCCCCUCCGCGCAGACGGGCCAGGGACUGACCCCACGGCCAGAUGGCGACUCUUUCUCCAUUGGCCUCUCUUUCUGGCGCCUAUGUUUGGCCAGGGUCUUUCUCCAAAUCCGUCUGUCGCAUCCAAAGAUCGAGACACAAACAUACUAGGCCACUAUUGCAGCUUUACAUACCAUCCCGCCGGCUCAUGCCUACCUGUGGAUACCACACCAGACGAAGCGAUCCAGAUAAAACCACUAUAUGCCUUCUUCCCACCACCAUCUUGUCGUCUCGGCCAGUCACCAGUGAUAUGGUGGUUGAGUGGUUCCCCAAAAGAGCCCCGCGCCAUCGUCCUCCGUACCGCCCUCUUGACGAAUUCCAGAGGCAAGUGCCCGGAGAGUUUGCCGCUUGUAGAAACCGUUGUCCGGCAGUCAGACGAGAUCGGCCAGCAGCCGCGAACAUGGCCGAGCAUCGACGCGGAUCAUGGCGUGGCGUAUGGGGGAAAAUGGCCUGUUCUGGAUGCGCCGUCAGAUCUCGCGCCAUGCUUGUGCAUCUCUGCAGAACCCCAGCACAUGUUUAAUCCGAGCCUGCCGUGCCUUCAUCCGACGUUGGAAGUUCCGUCCCAUGAGGCUUCGACGUUUCUGACCGGAGACGGCCGCCGGCCGGCCAAGCUCGAAACCCGUUUUUCCCGCCAGAACCAGUUCCUCGGAAGCGGCAACAUGGCUCCCGCUUGA